ACACAUUUACAGACGCUCCCUGGCUGGCUGGCGCCGUUGGGCAGCGUGCAUCACACAGAGUUUUGCUCUGAACUCUGCUCUAUGUGCAGGUUAUUUUAUUGAUGUUUUAACCUAUAAAAUGUAGGCGAACUCGAUGCUCACGUUAAGGGUUAAUGUCAAUAACCUGCAACUAUGCGUAAAAGUCGCGCAAAAUACGUAACACGGUAAUUUCCCCAUUGCCAGAGGACAUAGGGAUCCGGUAGCGAAACAUAUCAACGAACGGCAGUAUUUCAGGAAACUGGGUGUGAGGUAGUUGGUUAGUGCAUGAACUUGAUCUUUUCCCUCAAGCGAUAGCAGCGGCCUGUAAAACACGCAAACAUGAAGUCGCUCGUGCAGUCGCUUGAAUCCGGACUGGACUUUAUUGAAUUUCUGGGAGACAGAAUAUCCAACACCAGCAAAAAGGAACUCCGAGACAUCUACAACUCCGAAUUUAAGGGCAGAACAGGAAUAAAAGACCCCACCUUUUCCAGUGUUAUUACUGCUCUUCUAAAGUUCAACAAAGCCUACAUAAGACAGGGGAAAAUCCACAUCAAUGUCAGACCUCAGGUCAGAGUGUACUGUGAUCAGUGGAGGAGGCCCCAGGGCCCUCAGACAUCUGAUGAGACACCCUCCUUUGUCCCCUCAACCCCUGUGACCCCUGUGUUGACCCCCAAGAAGAAGCUGGCCACAGACAUCCUUAACAAGUUAAAGGCGAACAGGAAGGAGCUGACAGCUGACAAGGGGGGCAUUGAGAUCUCCUCAAACCCCGUGGCAAGUUGUGGAAAGGUGCAGUUCACUCAGUAUUGUCUGAGGGAGUUGUUCAUCGUCAGGUUCAAUAUUGUAAACAAGGGCACAAACUGCAUUCACUUCACCUACUACACUGCUCUGCACAAGAUGCGCUGUUUCACUCUGGAGGAUGAGAGGAGAGUGACCAGAGCCUGUCCACUGUUCCUCUGUCCCGGAGAAAGCUAUGAAGUUGUGGUUCGGUACAUGCUGAACCAUUAUGGAUUUUUCCCUGCGACAAUGUACUUUGAGUUCUGCCCUGAUGUCCCUGGAUCUGUGCCCUUCUGCAUUGUGAGGGAGAUUGAAGCUGCAGCCAAGACCUCGCUGGCUGCGAAGCUGGGACCUGUGGCUCCUUAUAAACCCUAUCAGGUUGUCACAUACAAGCCUGUUGACACUGUGGUAGUGGAGGGAGUACCCCCUGAGAGUUUACAGCAUGUAAAAUUACCUGUGAAAUUAGGAGAUAACAAGUACCCUUAUUACCUAAAGGAACUGGCUAAACACAGAAUGGAGGCCUCUGAGCACCUCUCUCCAACUGCUACACAGAAACUUGCAUCAGUGAAGAGUCUCCUCAGCUGUACCUUAAAGAUGAAGAACUACUCUCAUCGAUUUCACCUCCUGCUACACCUGGAAGAGAUACAGAUGGAGGUGGACAUCAGGAAAUAUGACCUCCACAAUCAGACCAUGACUCAAGAACAAAGCAACAGAAAACUGCUUACGCUCAGAGUUCCCGGUGUUGCUGAGAAUCGGCCAUCAGUACUUCGAGGAGACUGUCUGAGAGUGUCCAAAUCUGAGGAGACAGUCCAGCCGAUCACCGUGUACACUGGAUAUGUUCACAGAGUAGAGCUGGACAGGGUGAAACUGGGCUUCUCGAAGAAGUUGUUGCAGACUUUUAUCAGCAAUAUGAAGUUUGACGUGGAGUUUACUAUCAACCGAUUCCCUGUGAAGCUUCAGCAUCGAGCCGUGGAGUUGGCAGCAAAACACCAGCUCGAAGAAGUGCUGUUCCCGUCUGGUGCAGCAGUGGCUACUCUCUCCAUGCCUAAACUGAGCAUGUUCAACCGUCAGCUGGAAAGCAACCCGGAGCAACAUUCCGCUGUCCAGCGUAUUGUAGCCGGAUCAUCAAAGCCUGCUCCUCAUCUUGUGUUUGGGCCUCCUGGAACCGGAAAGACAGUCACUCUGGUUGAAGCUAUGAAUCAGGUCAGCAGGGCCGAUCCAUCAGCCCACAUCCUCGCCUGUGCACCCUCUAACAGCGCAUGUGAUUUGCUCUGUGAGAGACUGAUGGUACAUAUGGAUCCUUAUCAGAUUUACCGUUUGUACGCCAGCAGCAGAGACCCAAGAAGUGUCCCCAAGCACCUGCUGAAAUGUUGUAACUGGGACCAGAAACAAGAUGGGUUUAUGUUUCCAGAGACCAAAAUUCUGAUGAAAUACACAAUCAUGGUUACAACUAUGGUGACAGCUGGCAGACUUGUGUCUGGAGGAAUCCCAGUCGGUCACUUCACCCAUGUGUUUGUGGAUGAAGGUGGCCAGGCAGUGGAGCCAGAGUGUGUCAUUGCUAUUGCAGGUCUCCUCGACCCAAAGAAUGGCCAGUUGGUGCUGGCAGGAGACCCCAAACAGCUGGGGCCAAUCCUUCGAUCUCCGUUUGCAUUGCAGCAUGGACUGGGGCUUUCUCUGCUGGAGAGGCUAAUGCAACACAACACUUUAUAUCAGAAAAGUACAGACUCUGGACACUUUGAUACCCGCUUUGUCACCAAACUGCUGCGAAACUACAGGUCUCACUCUGCCAUUCUGAAAAUCCCAAAUGAGCUGUUUUAUGAGAAUGAGCUGCAGGUGUAUGCUGACCAGUGGGACCGUGAGACUUACUGUAACUGGAAGCACCUUCCCAAAAAGGGUUUCCCAGUGAUCUUCCACGGGGUGUUAGGGAAAAACGAGAGAGAAGCCAACAGCCCGUCUUUCUUCAAUGUGUCUGAAAUUGAGGUUCUGGUCGACUACCUCACCAAGCUGGUGGAAACACAAGGAAAGAAAGGUCUCCCCAAGCUCUCUCCGAAAGACAUAGGCAUCAUCUCCCCCUACAGGAAGCAGGUUGAGAAAAUCCAGAAGGUCCUGAAGUCUGUCCCAGCACUGAGUCAAUGGAGUGAUCUCAAAGAGCUUAAGGUGGGGUCUGUGGAGGAGUUUCAGGGACAGGAGAGGAAGAUCAUCAUGGUUUCUACUGUCCGCAGCAGCAUCACCUACGUCAAGAUGGACAAAGACUUCAACAUUGGAUUCUUGUCUAAUGAAAAGAGAUUCAAUGUAGCCAUCACAAGAGCCAGGUCCCUGCUGAUAGUUGUGGGAAACCCUGUGAUCCUCAACAAGGACCCCACCUGGGAGAAGUUCAUCAGCUACUGUGUGAAGGAGAAAGGCUACACUGGAUUUGACUUCAAAGAUGCAGAAGGCGAAGAUGAUGUUGUGUCACGACUGACAACCCUGAGAAUCAAUGUGGAUUCUGAAAGUCCUGUGGGAGAAGAGAGCGCCCUCCAGCAGUUUGUGGACCCAGAGUGGAAAAAUGAGCAUUAACAUGUUUUUCAGACGACCAGCACAGAACUGACACAGUAACAUCCUCACAAGCCUCUUAGCUUUAAAUACAGAAAGGUCCAUAUUUCAUUCUUCCUCUCUUUGAGCUUUAAACACAGCACUGGCAUCUUUUAUUAAAGAAUAGGUUCUUUUUAUUAACUUUUCUAAGAGCGUCUGUGUAUUUUGGUGCAGUAAACUGUGCUCCGUUUUUGAUGACAUUGCCAAAAUGCACCAUUGAAUCUUUAGUUUUUCACAUUAGCGUGUUUUUAAAUAGUAAUCAUUUUCUUUGUUUCGGGGUUAGAAAUAAAGAGCAGACAGUUCAGUCUCUCAGGAACUCAUUAGUUGGAGUGAAGAAAUAAACUAAUUUUGGACAUGUUACACUGCACACUGUCAUGACUAAUAUUCCUAUUGAUUAAUCAUAUACAAUGUCUUAAUUUCCUACAAGAUUGACCACAGAAGGAGAUUUGGUCUAGUCUCAAAAAUAGUUUAUUAACAAUGUUCAUGUUCACUUCAGAUCAAUUAUUCACGACAACACUUUCCUGUUUACAAAGCAUUAUUACAAUGAGCUUUUAUAUAAAUCUGAUUCAUUUCUAAUUUCAAACACUUCCAGAGAAAGAAAAAAAGUUGCACAACACUGAGCAGAUGUUCCCAAAGACAUGUGCUCUGCGUGUGUGUAUACACUGUGAAGACCCAUGGUUCUGUCAUGCAUGCAUUGACCUAAGGACAACUUUUGAUUUCGCACAUUAUCUGCAUACACAUUAACAGCAGUAUAGUACAUGCUCUCUGUGAUAUGUUCCACACUCGACCCUCUGCUGCUCUAAGCUAAUGCUUUCAAUAUGUUGUGCUUCCAGCUGCAUGUUAUUCCACUAUUUUCAUGAAUUCCCAAGAAUUCCUUAGCGUUAAGCUUGCUGAGACCCCUUAACAUCAUGGCUCGGCUAUGAAACAUAACUCGAGGCUUUUGUUUUUCAUUGAUAAAAAUCUUCAGUAGUAAGGAUCUGAAUGUGUUUGCCUUGUUACUGUGCCUAUUGUUGUCCACAAACACGCAGCUAGUCCAGAGCUAUCACAGCGUCUGCCCUACAAAGAUAUGAGGUAACAACAUUUAUAUGGUGCUUCUGAUUAUAAUCAAAAACGUCACAUCUACAAGUAGUUUAAAAAUUAUAGCUUGACCACUGACUCUCAGUUAAAGCAUAUGUGCUUGGCUAGUGGGGGGGGGAAGCUGCAUGAUAGAUAACAGACCUUGUCAGCUGGUAGGUUCUUGGCCUUUCCUAGCAUUGUAAGAAGGUUCCAUGCAACAUCAAAUUUAGUGUUUCGCCACACACAUUUCAACAUCCACCCUCCUAUUUACCGACAACAAUAUGCAACCAAUGCGAUAUGUGCACUACAUGAAAGAGCAACAGAGGUGGGGAAUAGGAAUGCAGUGAGGAGUCUGUGCCUGGGGAGUCGGUGGGCCGUUGAAGCUUUGUAUAUCAAGUCGUCAGGUCAAGGUAACAGUUUGGAAUUUUGAGAGGACAUCACUGAAAAAUGGGACCAGGGAACAGUCACCGAUGUGUCUCCAAAAGCCCCUUUAAGUACAAUACAGUGUAGACCACUGAUCUUCUGCUCCUUUGGCUUAAGAUGUCAACUCUCAAAGGUUUCAUUUGCCAAGAAAUGAAGAGCAAGAUCAUUGUAGAUCCAAGAUGUAUAGAUAUAACUAAAACAUUAACAAGCAUCUUUCUAGCUGCAGCCAAGUGUUUUCCCAUGAUUCCUUGUUAAUUCAAUAACAUUGAGUCUAUCUAUGCAGCAAAUACAGUCUCAGUCAUUAUAUUGUGAGGGCAUACACCGUAGCACAGGGACAUUUUUCUGCUUUUCAAACUGUUCAGCGAUCUGAGCUUUGAAAUGUCAGGAUGGUCGUCAUCUUGACCUCAACAGGAUCAGGUUAGUAUCAAGCAGCUGGUCUAUCUGGUUUGGGAGAGAACAACAAAAGGCACACCAGAACGGAGAAGGCACCAGGGUGAAAACACACUCCUCACAUGGCUCUUCUCAAACAUGUAAAGAAUGUCGUCCAACUGGACACAUCCACACGCAGUAGUCCAACAAGACCUGACUUCCAUGACUGGGCUAACCCGUCCAACACACAAAUUCCUACAGUGGGCGCGACCAGCUCACCUCAGUCAUAAUACACAAAUAAGGGAGGUUUCACCAGGUCUCGGCCUUCCUAUGGAUUUCUUUUUCAGCAGUGUCAUCUUGUUGAUACUAACAGCUGUUGUGCAUAGUUAAGUCAUAUUGGCUUGUGUCUCGAUUGGCCAGUUCUCAUCCCCCAUCUAGGUCCACUGCACAGAUCAGAGGGAUGCAUGAGAACAAUCAGAUCUGAUUCUCUUAUACAGUGCACUCUUUUGUUGACCAUUAUCACAGAAGCAGCUGCUUUAUCCUCAGUGUGAGCAGACUGAAAAUGGAGGGCACAGAGAAAAUGCUGACAAAAAAAAAAAAA